UCCAUUCUUCCUUUUCUUCCCGCGAGGGUUUUUGACUUCUGAUUUCUGAAAACCCCCUUCACUUUACUUGCCGAGUUCUUCAGUUCUGAAUUAAACGGAAGAUGGAGUUCGAGAAGAGAAAGGCAGCGACUUUAUCUAUUUUCGGCUCAUCGGAAUCCGACAAAUCGCCGAAGGGUUCAAUAGACGCGCCGAUAAUCCCCCUCCUCGACGCUAUCAACGCCCACCCAUCUUACUACACAACCAGCUCAUGCUCCGGCCGAAUCUCCAUUCUCUCACAGCCGAAACCUUCCGCCGCCACCACCGCCAAGAAAAAGGCGGGUGGUGGGUCAUGGCUGUUUAUCACCCACGAACCGGCCGACCCAGCAACGGUCAUCUCCCUCCUCUUCCCGCCAGAGCCGAUGCCAAUUCCGCCGCCGUCGCCGCCGCCAGAGCUAGUUCUCCGAUUUGAGCCGCUAAUCAUCGCCGUGGAGUGCAAAGACGUUGUUUCGGCGCAGGUCCUUGUUUCGUUGGCUAUAUCGUGCGGGUUCAGGGAGUCUGGGAUUACUAGUGCUAGUAAGAAGAGGGUGAUUGUUGGGAUUCGGUGUUCGAUUCGAAUGGAGGUUCCCUUGGGUGACAGUGAUAACGUUUUGGUGUCUAGGGAUUAUGUGAAGUUUUUGAUUGGUGUGGCGAAUCAGAAGAUGGAAGCUAAUUGGAAGAGAACUCAAGGGUUUUUUGCUGCAUUGAAGGAGAAUGGGUUUUUGGGAGGGUAUGUUGAAGCUGAAAAUGGUGAGCUUGGUUUGGAAGAAGAUAAGCAAGGUGGAGCUUCCGAUGAUAUGGGAAGGAUUUCUUCUGAUAGCCGUACUGGGGUUCCGGAUCACAACCUAAAGGUCACCCAGUUCCCAAUUGUUGGAGAAUCUAUGGAGAAGCUUUUCCUUUGGGGGCACACUAGCUGCACAUUGGCUAAUCUUGUCCAUAGUUCUGUUCUGGUGUUUGGUGGUUUUGGCGGGAAGGGAAGACAUGCUAGAAGAAACGACUCAUUGCUUCUUGAUCCUUCGAGUGGAGCAUUGACAACGGUCGAUGUUGAGUUUGGACCCUCUCCUCGAUUGGGACACACAGCUUCGGUGGUGGGUGACUUGGUUUUCAUCGUUGGAGGAAGGACUGAUCCUUUGAACAUUCUGAACGAAGUUUGGGUUCUUGACGUGCCAGGAAAGCAGUGGAGGCUAAUCGAAUGUAGUGACAGCAGCUCUUUCCCUCCAAGGCAUCGACAUGCAGCUGCAGUUGUUGGUUCAAACAUAUACGUAUUCGGCGGCCUGAACAAUGAUUUGAUCUUUUCAUCGCUCCAUGUCUUUAACACUACAAACCUCCAAUGGAAAGAGUUAGUAGUCAAUGGCGACCAACCAUGUCCACGUCAUUCUCACUCAAUGGUGGCACAUGCGUCUAACCUAUUAAUGUUCGGAGGACACAAUGGGGAUCAAGCCCUCGGAGAUCUCUACAGUCUCGAUAUCAAUACUUACACUUGGAGAAAAGAGAAGACAUCCGGAAGAUCUCCAAGUGCAAGAUUCUCUCACUCGAUGUUUGUCUGUAAGAGGUUCAUUGGAAUAAUAGGAGGCUGCCCCGUGAACCAGCAUUUUCAAGACCUGGCAUUGUUGGACCUCAAGACUCAUGCAUGGACUCACGUGAGACUUGAUUGCAUUGGCAAAGAGUUGCUCGUACGAAGCACGAGCAGCAUUGUAGAAGAUCAACUCUUUAUGAUUGGUGGUGGAGCAGCUUGUUAUGCAUUCGGGACAAAGUUCAGCGAGCCCUUGAAAAUCGACUUGCUUCCACUUUUGGAGAAAAAGCUUGAAUCUGGAAACAGUGAUGAUGUCGAUUGUCAACGACAGUGGGUGUUGCAGCUUGAGAAGAAGUACGCGAAACAGGGGAAGGACAUACUGAAGAGAUUUGGGUGGUUAGAUAUUAGGAGAAAGGUUUAUUCGUUGGAUGAUGGACUUCACAUUUGUUUCCCAAUCACUGAAGAAUUUUCUGCCAUGUUCUCAGAUGGAGACAGAUCUCAGUUGAAUGAGGUUUCUUGUUCUGCAGCUAUCAGUCUGCUGAAGGAAUUUGAUGGUAGUAAAGUGGAGGACAAGGUUAUUGAGGUCAGAAAGGUUGCGAAAUCUCCAUUGCAGGUAAUGAAGGAAGCCGUAGCAGGAUUAAUUGAGGAGAAAAGCCUGUCUCAAGAAUUGCUAGAUGAGCUUCCAGUUAGGUGGGAGCGGCUUGGGGAUAUCGUUGUACUUCCUGUUACUUCCUUCAAAGACCCAGCAUGGGAUUCAAUCAGACAUGAGCUUUGGCCAAUUAUUGCUACAUCACUUAGUGCCCGUCGCCUUGCACGCCAAGGUAGGGUGGCUUCAACUGGAACAAGAGACAGCACAUUGGAGUUGUUGGUGGGAGACAAUGGCUGGGUCGAUCAUCGAGAGAACGGAAUCACAUACUCUUUUGAUGCAACAAAGUGCAUGUUCUCUUGGGGUAAUCUUUCUGAAAAGCUGCGUAUGGGUGGAAUGAACUGUGAAAAUGAAGUUGUGGUUGAUUUGUUUGCUGGGAUUGGAUAUUUUGUGUUGCCAUUCCUGCUCAGGGCCAAAGCAAAGCAGGUUUAUGCCUGUGAAUGGAAUCCCAACGCCAUCGAGGCACUCAAAAGGAAUCUCGAGCUUAACUCUGUCUCCAAUCGAUGUGUUGUCCUCGAAGGAGAUAAUCGGCUUACAGCACCCACAGAAAUAGCUGAUCGAGUUUGCCUUGGUCUCAUUCCAACAAGCGAAGGCAGCUGGCUGACUGCAAUCAAGGCAUUGAAAAGGGAAGGUGGCGUUAUGCACGUUCAUGGGAACGUGAAGGACUCGGAAGAGGCAGCAUGGACCCAACACCUCGUAACGUCGUUGGAUAACAUUGCUAGAUCAGAAGGUCGGGUUUGGGAAGUGGUAGCAGAACAUGUAGAGAGGGUAAAAUGGUAUGCUCCUCAUAUUCGCCAUGUUGUUGUAGACGUCAGGUGCCGACCUAUUCCUGGAUAGAGCCAUUCCUCUCGUUCCUGGUUUGGUUUGUCGGGAACGAACUCCUUGUGGGCCGGGCUGCAGGGAGAUAUUCUUUUUGGUACCGGGUUGAUUGCUUGGUCGGAGUUCUGGGCCUAACUUGGCCCAAUUUGAGGUUUGGGCUUUGGUUUUUGAGUGCUGGUUUAUGGCUUAAUGGUUGAUUUGUACUGCGGAAUGAGUCCUAACUCCUAAGUACUAACUAAUCCACCAACUCUAGGUUAGUAAUUAGCCGAAAUGGCAGAUUUUCAAAGCAGGACUUAGAGUCGGAUUAAUGAAUAAUGAUCUAUCUUGUUCUUCCUGACGUUAUACCUAUAACCUUUAAUACACAUUUGGCUAACUCAUGGAAUCGGGCAACUACGAUACAGUGCCUUUCUUCUUGAGCAAUUGGCGAUGAUGAAAUCUUAGUCGUGGUGGUUCGGUUACAGUGCUAAUAGAGAUGAGUAAUAUAACCUAUCAACUGUUGAUUCCUCGUAAUCUUAGUCAUAGGAUCGAUGCAGGUCGAUACAAUAGUGACUCAUAAGUGCACUAUUAAGCUCUCUAUUAAGGUGGAGAAUUCUAGGAGCAUCUCUAUGCUACUAAUCUUCCAUACACGCUAUAUGUGCACCCGUCAUAUUGUCACUUUGUUGGCGCCAUGUCAUCUGCCACAUGUGACAGUACUCACCGGAGUAUUUUGCAUGGUAACCAAAUUCUGUUUGAUUCCAAAGAUAAGGAUGGGCGACAAAACCAAAAUCUUUUCACAUGGUCCAUGUGUGGAGUAGGGUGACGGAUGCCAAGUGUUCGACUUAUGUCUUCCCUCCUUGAGCUAUCUUUCUUUCCCAUCUUUGUUUGUUUAAGCAGUGGGGGGGAGUGAAACCAGGACAAUGAACAUUGAUGAGAGUGGACAUGGGAGUGAAUGCAGAGCGUUGAAAUUUGUCAUCACCUCGAACUCAGUGACUCAGCACUGCACUGCACCUCCUUACUAUAAACCCACUUGAUAGAUUGUUUAAUGAAGGUAAUUAAUCGAU